CUCAGAUUGUCAUACAAUUUGUUUUCCCCUGAGACUUUUUUCCUUUUCUCAUCUGUUUGUACAGUAACUUCACGUGGCUGAGAUGUUUUGUUUUCAUUAUCGCAUGCUGGCUUAAAAAAUAAUUACGAUGGCCAAAUUUGCGCACCUGGUUGUGGAUACCUCAGCGUUCAUUAAGAACGUCCAAUUGCAGGACUUCGCGGAAUGCUGCUAUACCGUCCAGGGUGUAGUCGAUGAAAUCAAGAAUGAUCGCCAGCUGAAGCGGUUGGUCGUGCUCCCGUACAGUUUAAUCGUGAAGGAACCCGAUGCGGAUGUGCUGACAAAGAUUGUGGCUGUAGCCAAGAAGACGGGUGAUUUUGCGUCGCUUUCUUUGGUGGAUUUGAAAGUUAUGGCAUUAACUUAUCAGUUGGAGAAGCAACAUGUCGGGACGGAGCAUCUCAUUGAUGAGCCUAAAAUUGCGCGGACCAUAUGUUCGAGUGGGAAGCCUCAGGAGUUGGUUGGUUCGACGCUGAUUGCAGGAUUUUACAACGGGAAGCAGGCGACUGUCAAGAAACAGCUGGAAAGUGAACCAUGUUCGGGUCAACAGAAGGAAUUAGAAGAUGAGGUGCCGGAUGUAGACACUGCCGUCAACGACAAUGAAUUAGAGCAGAAUUUUGCAGAACUAAGUACUGUAGAGGUGGAAAGAUUUGAAGCGCUUUUACAGCAGAAUCUGGAAGCGAAUAAAGAGGAAUCUUCAGAGGUGGAAAACGGCCGGGAACAACAGAAUCUGGAAACAGAUUUUGAAAAACCUUAUGAGGUAGAAAUCCACGAGGAAGAGUAUUCAGAAAAUGAAGACAAUCAAGAAGAUGACUCCAACGAUGAAGAUUCUAAUGAUGAUGAAGGUUGGAUCACUCCCUCGAACAUUAAAGAAGUUAAACGCGAUUUUGGGUUGAAUCUAUUGGAGGACAACCCUUCUCCUGUCGCUUGUAUGACAACAGAUUUUGCUAUGCAGAAUGUUUUGAAGCAGAUCGGACUAAACAUUGCUGCCCUUGAUGGGCGCGUAAUCAAACAUGCCCGAACAUAUAUCUUAAGAUGUUACGCUUGCUUCAAAACCACACCAGAUUCAACUAAAGUGUUCUGCCCAAAGUGUGGCAAUAAGACUCUUAAAAAGGUAGCCGUUAGCUUGGAUGAGAAUGGCCAGCAGAUGAUUCACAUUAAUUCCAGGCGACCAUUGACUGCAAGACAUAAAAAUCGGCCGGUUUCCAAGUUUGAUGGUGGUAAGCAUUCAACAAAUCCGAUAUUGUUCGAGGAUCAACCGCUACCAAUGCAAAGAAUAUCUGCCAAGGCAAAGGCUAAAACCAAUGCUCUCGGGGACGAUUAUACUGCUGGAUAUUCGCCGUUCGUAAUGAGAGAUGUCGAUUCGAGAUCGGCCGUGCUCAGAGGUAACUCGAAUUUGAAACAAUGGAUGAAGAACUAUGAUUACGACAACUAUAGAAGAGGUUAUAAAAAGUAACAAUAAAUAUUUGUUUAUAUAAUAAAUCGCUAA